AUGACUGUACAAAUUCCAAAGCUAUUGUUCUUACAAGGUUUCUUGCAAAACGGUAAGGUUUUUUCAGAAAAAUCAUCCGGUAUCAGAAAACUUCUGAAGAAGGCCAAUGUUCAGUGUGACUAUAUCGAUGCGCCUGUUCUCUUGGAAAAGAAGGACCUGCCAUUCGAAAUGGACGAUGAAAAAUGGCAAGCCACUUUGGAUGCAGACGUGAACAGAGCUUGGUUCUACCACAGCGACAUCUCCCACGAAUUGGACGUCUCUGAAGGUUUAAAGACUGUUGUUGACUACAUUAAGGCUAACGGUCCAUACGACGGUAUUGUCGGUUUCUCCCAGGGUGCCGCUUUGUCUUCCAUCAUCACUAACAAGAUCACGGAAUUGGUUCCAGACCACCCAGAAUUCAAAGUCAGUGUGGUCAUUUCAGGCUACUCCUUCACCGAAGCAGACCCAGAACACCCUGGCGAAUUGAGAAUAGCCGAGAAAUUCAGAGACUCAUUCGCUGUAAAGCCAGACAUGAAGACCAAGAUGAUUUUCAUCUACGGUGCCUCCGACCAAGCCGUCCCAUCCGUCAGAUCUAAGUACCUGUACGACAUCUACUUGAAGGCCCAAAACGGCAACAAAGAAAAGGUCCAAGCCUACGAACACCCAGGUGGCCACAUGGUUCCAAACAAGAAGGACAUCAUCAGACCUAUUGUUGAACAAAUCACCGCUUCCCUGCAAGAAACUACUGACUAA